UUUGACGUCAUCCGGCUGGCGAUUCUUAAGGCGCCACAUGAAGUCGAACAAGCCUAUUAUUCCGUAGCAGCGGGAGAAACUAAUGUCAACAAAGUGACGAGUUACGAUCGAUCCGUUGUGUUUAAUUUGGAAAUCUUACAUUGCCUGAUCCUCUGUGCAUUUAGUUCCUUCCUGUGUGGUGCUAUAUCAUUGAUGAUCAAACAGAUCCAAUAUAGAGCAUAUUUUAUUUACAUGUUAACAGUAUUAAAAUAAAAUAAUACCACUUAUUCAUGAAAUGGAAACUUAUACAAAGCUUUUUGGAAUGUUAUUUAGAGCAAUUUAAGAAGUAUAGAGAUAUUAUAAAAUUUGUUAAAUAAAUAUGGUUAUACAGGAUAAUUUAGUGUUUUUUUCUUUGCAUGUAACUUUAUGUGCUCUACACUCCAGUUCAGUAGGUGGGGGUAGUGCAUAAAUUUGGUUUGCCAACCGAACAUACAACUCCAGGUAGAAGAAUCUCGUUGAUGUAAAACGCGGCACACGGAGAAGAAGAAAAACUAGGGAAAAAGCAGGAUUUGAAAAGGUCAACAAGGAGGAAAAGGAAGCGUGGAAGGCUGAAAAAUGAAUAACCUUGACCCCGAAGAUGCCAUUUUCCUGGUUGAUGCGUUCAUGGAUGAGAGCAAGGGGGAUCAGCGUGGUGAACACACCAAAGAAGGGUCUAAAUCUACAAAGCUGUGUGUUUGGCCUGAUGAGGACAAUGAUGGUCAACCUCUGCCAAAAAGACGUAGAGCUGGGGAGAAACGAAAGCGAGAUUCGGCUACUGUUUCUUCAGCAAGCGUUACACCCUCCUGUGCUCUUUUUACCAGCACAACUGAAGACACUGUGACCUUCGAAAAUUUAGACUCCCUCAUGCAAGAUGUCCGAGACCUCGUGGAAAGUGGUGCUGAACAACCUGUCCCGUCAAACUGGAGGAACAGGCAAACUUCUUCUCUGGAGAAUUGGACAGUAAUGAGGCCCUUCAUGGUGAACAAUAUGUUGUCAUCUGAGAAGCCCAAGGAGGGGGUUUGCCAUCAUUGUGGACAAAAGGCUGCAGUAGUGAUGUGUAGGGAACGUUUACCGCGAUCACUCUUCUGCACAGCCUGUGACCUUUCCACACAUGAGGACCUGGUGCUUCAUAACAGAGCAUCCAUGGUGGAGUGGUUCUUUAGACACCUGCACCCAUCCAUUUUGUUCAGCAGCAUGAGGGAGGGAAAUUAUCCUAUCAUGAAAAAGGUAGUUUUUAAGUCUCAUGUUUUAUAGGCUUUUUUACAUUUUACACAAACCCUAGCUGAGUUUUUGGUUUCAUUUACUCUAAUGUAAACAAAUUCUGCUUUUUAGAUUGUAUGUUACCAAUCGUUCCUCCCUGCUGCGACUGCGGCACUGGGCAAACAAGCUUUUCCAAGGGAAAGGCAGUUAUUUUAAUUGGAAUGAAUGGAAAAUACAACCUCUUCCUUCCAUCAGUUAACUGCUCCUGUGGAAAAACCUUGCCAGUGACCAUAAGUGAUCUGGUUGAAAGUGGUUACUGGCCAGCCACUGUCAAUUUUGAGACCUUGUACAUGGUGGACUUGUUCACCACGUAUGAGGAUCUAAAAAUCACUGCCCCAGGGAUGUCGAGACAAGCUUUUGUCAGCAUGCUUGAGUGCCGUACAAAACUCUUUGGGCGAAGUGGUAAGAUAUGUGGGGACACAAUGCAGAGGGCCUUCCUCGAAUGGGCUUAUGCCAAAUUUGAGGUUGACAAGCUGUCUCAGGUCCAGCAUUUUCAGUGCCCUGCAUGCACACCCUCCAUGUUGGCAGUUGCAGUGGAUGGGAACCGCAAAUUAUAUCGUUUCAAAAGCCAACCAGGACCUAAUGGUUUUUUUGAUGGAGUCUUUUUGGCCAAUGAUGCUAAGGUGUCCUCCUUUGUUGAUUACAUCCAUGGAACAACUGGACAUAAUCCGGGGAAAGGGAAAUGUGGUGCGGGUCAGUGGACCGCAGCACGAGAGUCCGCCAACAAGUCUGCAAGCAAACUAGACGAGGAAGGUGUUGAAGUUGCUGUCUGUCGUCAUGGGGUUUUGCUGAAGGGACUGAAUAUGUUCCGUGGAGAAAUAUUUGCAUACCCAUUAUAUCUCCAGAAACAUCUAGCUUCACAGACCGUCCAGUUUUUUUGCUCUGAUGUAGUCUGCAAAUAUUGGCCAUAUCUGCAGAGAGUUGUGGACCACUGUCCAGAGUUGGGGGACUUGCUGAACAUGCGCCCGUUUCUUUCCAUCAUGCAUGCAAAAGCGCAUUCAUGGAUGUGUGAGUUAAAAUGGGGGGGACGCAAUCAAGAAGGAGCUGGAACAACAAUCGGGGAGGAGGUUGAACAAGUUAACAGCUUCCUCUCCCGAGCAGCCAUAUGUUCAAAGUACAUGUCAAAAGCCGUUCGCACAGACAUGCUAACAAUCCAGGCAAGUGGCUGGAACAAGCGAAAGGCAGAAAACCUUGACCGGACACUGGCCAAAAGAUACAUCAAGACUGUACAAAAGAUUGCAGAGGCAACAAAGGACCUGGAGAAACUCACUGCUGAGUUAUCGCUACAGCAAGACACAGUCCAGCAGUGGGUGUCUGAUGUUCAGCAGUGGACCUCAGGAGCAACAAUCCAAAAUGACCUGCAGAGGACCAUCGAGGGGCUGUAUUUGAGCAUCAAACAACGAAAAUUUCAGCUGUAUCGCCAGUCAGGUGGGAAUAAGCGAAGGCAUCAACUGAGAAAAAAGAUUGCUGUUGAGAAGAAAGCCUUGGAAGUUGCCAUCAAUGACCACAAUUCUACUGUGGGGGAUACUGAAAAACUGCCUCCUCCCAAUGAACUUCUGGCUGUGGACAACUACUCCUGGCCAUGGGAAUGUCAUGGUGACAUGGAGCGGAAAAAAAAUGUUUUUGACAAGGUAAUGCUGCUGGCUAGACUGAAAGAAGAAGAAAUGAUUGUGGUUCGUGAAGUCAAGCAGCACAUGGAGUACAUGAGGAGUGUUGCUGGACUGAUUGAAGAGUUUACCUUUCAGCUCACUGAAGACACCAACGGGACAUGCAGUACAGAGGGCUUAAUGGAGAACGGACGUGAGGGACUACUCUGUGUGCUGAAGAGAAGAUUGUGUGAAGUUGAAGCACAACUGGCUACAGCACGCACAACAUACAAAAGUAUUCUUGGACUGCAAACAUUGUCCUUAGAUGACCUCUCUGAAGAGGAAGACUUUGAGAUUACUUCCUCAACUGAUGAGGAACUGGAAGAGUAGUUACACUGCAAAAAAUGACUUUCUUUCUUAGUAUUUUUGUCUUGUUUUCAGCAGAAAUAUCUAAAAAUUCUUAAAUCAAGAUGUAUAAAUGACCUAAGAAAAUAAUACUAGUUUUUAGACAAAAAAUAUACAAUUUAAAGAAUUUUAUAUCAAUAAAUCAUAAAUCAUACCAGUUUUGACCACAAUCGUACAUACUGUUCCUUUAAGUGAAUUUGUGCUUAAAACAAGCAAAAAUAUCUAACAAUGCGGUGAGAAAAUUUUACUUGAAUUAAGUGUUUAAGAAAAACAAAAUCUUAUUUCACAAUUUUUUUUCUCACCCUAUUGGCAGAUAAUUUUGCUUGUUUUAAGGACAAUUUCACUUAAAUUGUAUAUUAUUUGUCUUAAAACUAGACUUAUUUACUUAGGUCAUUUUGCUCAUCAAGAAAAGGCUUCUUAAUUUAAGAAUUUUUAGAUAUUUCUACUGAAAACAAGACAAAAAUACUAAGUAAGAAAGUCAUUUUUUGCAGUGUAUUAGGCAGAACAUGUGUAUGAUUCUAAGAUGUUGUCUUAGUGUGUUGAACCCAAUCAUCAAUAAGUUAAGUGAAAGUAUGUGAAACUUGAGGCUAUUUUACUGCUGUUGUAAGAUUUGUGCAUGUAUUUUAAAUUCCUCUGAAAUUGUAAAAACCCAUUAUGUUAGCCCAUUAGUCCCCACCCUCUGUCCCAACCCAAUAUCUGGUGAUUCACAACUGUUGAACCUGACAAAUUACAUUGGUCUUUUUUUAGCAUUA